GAUGAGAUUGAGCGCACAAAGAGAGGACAGAAAGGGUUAGAGAGAGCAACGCAGAGUAGGCGGAGAGAAAAAAGAGUGAGAGAAAGAUAGGAGGAGCUAGAUAAAAGGAAAACUGAUAUCUUUUUCUGUCUCUGUUAAUACAGCUUCGAGGAAGUCAUAGUGAAUCGGUUUGUAGCCGGAGAUUGCUUCGUACCUCCAAUUCUCACCGGUCGUGACCCCAUUUUCAGCGAAUUAUGGUUGGUUUCGCUUGAUGAGUUGCGUGAUUAACCUUCUGGGUGUAGCUGAUUUGGCGAAAACAGAUCGACGCACUGAUGGAUAGAAAUAGAGAAGUUAGAAGGGCAACCAUGGCUGCUACGAACGGUUUAUCCAGGCGUAGACAUAGAAGUAGCAGUCUCAGAGACUCCCCAGAAGAAGAUGGGCCCGUGGAGCUGCAAGAGACGGCGAGGCUAAGAGAUCGAGGAGGGAGCGGAAAGAAAGAUCGCGAUCGGGAUCGAGACCGCGACCGUGAUAGGGAUCGGCUGAGCCGUAGCAAGAGGAGGAGAGGUGAUAGAUUAUUGCACGGCAACAACAGAGAAGAUGGUGGCGAGGAGAGCUCGGAGGAGAGCGUGAAUGACGAAGAAGAAGACGAUGAUGAAGACGGAGCCGCCUCGGUGAGGAUUAUUCCCCCAAACCCGGCACCUAUAUCGUCAUCAACGUCGAUGUCCAAUCAUCGGAAGAGUUUUCCUCCUCCGGCCAAAGUUUUUAGGGCAGCGCCGACUUGGAAGGCCGCAGACGAGAUGAUUGGCGUGUCGGUACCCAGAAAAGCACGGUCAGCAUCUACGAAGAGGUCGCACGAAUGUUGGGUUAGUGGCGGAGUUGGUGGGGAGCAAAUUAAUCGGCAGGCGUCGACAUCACCGGUGAGACCUGGCCUCGUUUCGAUGGCCACGGUCGCUUCACCAGCUCCGGCUUCACCGACAUCUUCCAAUGCUUCGAUGCGGAAGAAGAUGAAGCCUAAUGGUCCCAAACCACGGCCGCCGAAGUCGUCUUCCAAGUCGCCCUCCUCAGCUCAGGAUGAGAUCGAGAUAGAGAUAGCCGAGGUGUUGUUCGGGAUGGGGAGGCAGCCCCAGGGCCUUUGUAAGCUGGAGAUCCUGGGCACCGAUUCCAUGAAGUUCGACCCAAGAGAAGCCAAUAAAUCCUCAUGUGACGCCAAAUCAAGGGUCUCGUCGCCAAUCUCAAACUCAGCGUGUGCAGUACCCCAGUCAUCGUCUAUUUUGCCUCAGAAUUCUAGCUCCUCUGUCGCUCCUAUAUCCACUGUUGUUUCACCGAAGAGGAAAAAACCGCGACCGGUCAAGUACGACGACGAGAACGCUUCGAUUUUCACAGUCAGGAACGCUCCCAUUUCGGCAACCACGAAAGCCGAGACCGAUCAGCCAGUAAAAACUGAAACUUCCUCUUCCCGUAACUUGGAGAAGAGCUCGGGAUCCGCUGUUGAAAAUGGCGGAGCAUCGUACGAUUUGGCCAACCCCCAAGCGAUACUGGCGUCGUCUGUGGCCCAACCGGAAUCAGCAAUCAAACCAGAACGGCAUCAUAUAUCGGAUUCGAAGGCUUUGACCGAGGAAUCGGAGGAGAGGGACGUGGAAGUGAAUAAAGAGGAGCCUCCUCGAUCGCCCAAGAAGGAAUCGUCUGUGUUAAGAUUGGAUGAUAAUUGCGACGAUGCGAAAGCGAAAAAAGCGAAUGCAACGAUCUCUGUGGCCGAGAGUCACCAAGAAGAAAAGUACCAGAUAGAUCUGAUGGCUCCUCCUCCUGCAUUAAGAUCAUCACCAGAAAGAGAUGGUGAGAUUGAAUAUGUGACCGUAGAUGCUAAAUCUAUGGCCGCAGAUGCGGAUACGGAAAUUAAGCCUGCGGUCAAGGAAGAUGAAAAGGCAGUUAAAAUAGGUAAGGUAGAGGCGGUGAAUGUUGAAAACGAGAGGACGAAAACUGCAGCUGAAGAAACCGAGUCUCAGAAGCCGGUUCUUGCGCACAUGGAGAGGAACAUCGACCUCCAGCUUGACUUGGAGAAGGCCGAUAGGGAUAGCGGCACCUGUAGUGUUAGCGGAAACAAGUUACACCACCAUGUUCAGAAGCACCACCAGCAGCAGUCACAGCAUGCUAACACCGAUAGAAAUGCCCAAACGAGCUCUCUACCUUUGCCAAUGCCCGUACCUGGCUGGCCAGGCGGUCUUCCUCCCAUGGGAUAUAUGGCACCUCUACAAGGAGUUGUAUCCGUGGAUGGGAGCACGGUAUCUCCCGCUGCUAUACAACCCCCCCAUUUACUUUUUGCUCAACCUAGGCCAAAGAGGUGUGCAACGCAUUAUUACAUUGCUCGGAAUAUACUGUAUCACCAGCAACUCGCAAGGAUGAAUCCUUUCUGGCCUGCGGCAGCUGGAUCGGCAUCACUGUACGGCGCUAAGCCCUGCAAUAUCAAUGUGGCACCUUCUACAGAAUUACACGGAAACUUUCCAGGUAGGGGGGUGAACUCUGCACAGGACAAGGGGCAGGCGCUUGCUGUGUUUCCUGGUCAUUCCGGGAAGGAUAAAGGUUCUCAGGCAGCAGCCAACAUUGUGGACGCUGCCCAGCGAAACCAAAUUUUGCUUCAGCAAACUCUGCCUCCAGGAGCGCCUAGUAAUAUCUUGCAUGCCCCUGCUUUCAUCUUCCCUCUGAGCCAGCAACCAGCAGCAGCAGCUGCUCAUGUCCGAUCUGGCUCUGUAAAGUCUCCUCCUGCUGCCGGUGGUGCUCCUUCAUCAAGUACAACUAGCUCUGCUGCUGUGAGUGCCUCAGCAACCCCAGCAGUGAGCUUCAACUACCCAAAUAUGCCUGGGAACGAAACUCAGUAUUUGGCAAUUUUGCAGAACAAUGCAUAUCCGUUCCCAAUUCCUGCUCAUGUUGGAGCACCACCAGCUUAUAGAGGAAACCAUGCUCAGGCAGUGCCAUUCUUCAAUGGGUCCUUCUAUUCUUCUCAAAUGCUCCAUCCUCCACAGAUUCAGCAGCAACAGCAACCGCCUGCUCAGUCGCAGCAAGGUCUACAAGCUCAUCAAAAUGCAAGCAUUUCCAGUGGUUCUUCAUCGUCUCAGAAGCAACACUUGCAGAAUCAUCAGCAGAGGGCACAUGGAAAUGGUGUCAACGGUAGCAGUGCAACAUUGCAAGGGUUCCCUGCUCUAAAAAACCAGUCUUCACAGCCACAACAGCUGCAGCACCAGCGGCAGCACCUCCCUCACCAGGCUCGUCAACUUGAGUCUGAGAUGGGAGGAGAAGAUAGUCCGUCAACUGCAGAUAGCCGUGUUUCUCGUGCAAACACGAAUGUGUAUGGCCAGAAUUUUGCAAUGCCGAUACACCCUCAAAACUUUGCUUUGAUGACUCCUGCAGGAUUGGGCAGUGCCAGUGGUCAUCAUACUGAGAAAAAACAACAGCAACAACAGCCGGGCUCAAAGCCUGUAGUGGAACCUCUACCAUCUCAACCUUUUGCAUUAUCUUUUGGUUCGAUUAAUGGUGCUACUACAACUUCUGGACUUGACAUUUCUCAGAGUAACGCGCUUCUCCAGAGCCUACCACCUGAGGUUUCAAGGCAAAGUUAUCAUCAGAUUGUGGCCGCCGCCGCUGCCCAAGUGGCCCAGCAGAAGAAGAAUUUCCGCGUUUCUCAAGAAGGGAAAACUGGAGGCGGUGAUUCUUCCAAUAUGGAAGAAGAAAGAAAGGCCAUGCCAGGGAAGGUUCCUGUGACAGUCGGACAGUCUAUUACCUUCUCUAGGCAAGAUUUGGCUGACAGCGCAGUUACCACAAUAAAAGGCAACAAUGUUGUUGAUAGCUCUGCACGAGCUCUUAACCUUGGGUCUGCUCCUGGUCGGAAUUCUGGUUCUGUUGUCCCUGCUGCUAUCAGCAAUGUCAAUGCUCCUGGUUCUCAGCAGCAACUGUUGCGGAAUCAACAGCAGCAGCAAAUGAUUCAACUUCAGAAGCAGAAUCAAUUUGCUGUGGCAGCUGCACCCAGUGCAGCUCGAAGCAAGACCCCUGCAACAAGCAAUGGAAGUGUUUACUCAGAUCACCUUCCUUCAUCUUCUUCUAUGGCCGCAAAAUUUACUAAUGCUCUCCCCACUUUUCCCCAAAACCUGGUUCAAACAAGCAGCAACAGCCCAGCUCAGUCUCCUCAGUGGAAGAAUUCUGGACGUACAGCCACUUCACAGGUUCCUUCUCCAUCUCUAUCCUCCUCAAACUCCUCAUCCCUUAAAAACCAUCCCCAACACCAAGGUAGGACCCAACAAAGCCACACGCAGAUAUCUUUUGUAGCUAAUGCAAAAUCGUCAGCAGCAGUUCAAGGGCAACAACCUCCUAGCAGUAACCAGUCUGCAUCUCCUCCGGUAAUGGUUGGUUCGCCUACAACAUCCUCGAUGUCAAAGAGUGCUGGUGGAAGCCCAAGGACCACUGCUACCACUUCCACAGCCAACAAAGCUGGCCAAGGUUCUACAAUGUCGUCUCAGCCAGCGAAGAACUCACCUUCAGUGCCCAGCAGGAAGUCAUCUCCAGUUGGGGGAAGGAAUGUUACGUCAAUCCUUGGAAACCCUCAUGUCGCCUCUACUUCAAGCCCUGCAACCAAGUCUCAAUUGCCACAGCAGCAGCCACCACCACAGAAUUUAUCAAAACAAGGGAUGCAGCAAGCUCAGCUGGUCUUCUCUCCCUACAUGCCAGCACCAACUGGUACUACAUCUGGACCCAGUGUUGGUGGAUAUUAUCUUCAAAGAAACCGUCGAGAGCAACAGCAGCAGCCACUGGGAUCAUCGGGUACAUCCUCAACUGGGAUGUUGUCGUUGUGCCCUCCAGUAACACUUGCUAACACCAGCACUUCUGAUCCUGCGAAGGCAGUUGCUGCUGCUAGCAACAUGAUAGGUGGCAGCUUACCCUCACAAGGUAUUCUACAUGUUACCCAGUUUGGUGGUGCCCAGUCCUCCGGGAAUCCACAUCAGCUUUUGCCUAGCUUCUCUUAUGUUCAUGCUGUUCCCACUCCGGUUCAGGUGAAGCCGGCAGAGCAGAAACAACCUGCUGCCUGAGAAGAAAUGGAAGAUGCUAACAUUCGAGAAGUCACGGCGGUGGACGCAUGCCCGUGUUGGUCCAACACAAUUUUGGGAAUGAAGUUGAGCUGAGUGAGGAAGAUAGUCCUCCGUUCAGUGUGAUUGGUAUGUCUAUUCAUCUGUGCACACUUCUGUUGAUAUCCUGACAGGGUUGAUCGUUGAUCGUGGAUUUUAAUUAAAAAAGCUCUAUUGAUUCUGCUGGGGUGAGGUUGGCAAUGCGAUGGAAAAGGAAGUAGAUUGAUAUUUUGUAGGAAAGAGAGGAAAGAAUGGUGUAGAAGGAGAAGGAAGAGCAAGACCUUUCUCUUCUUUUGGGGCUGUAAUGGAGGUUCCUCUUUGCUGAAUUCAAUUGUUUCCGUUUGUUUUUUGGGUUCUAGUUUUCCAGGAAGAGCAGUAAAACAGUAAUCUUUUGGCAUCAUAUAUAUGCAAUGGAGGUUGUAUA